GAGCCACUGCUUCUGUGCGAGGAAAGAAGGGCAAAGUCCGACCCUGGCAUGAAAGUUCGCCGUGCGAGCCGGAGGUAACCCAGCGGCGUCCAGUCCUGCCCCGCCCCGCCUGGCCCAAACCUCGCCCGGCGCCAUGGUGUUGGAUAGCUUGGCCCGCAUCAUCAAAGUGCAGCUGCCCGCUUACCUCAAGCGCCUGCCGCUGCCGGAGAGCGUCGGCGGCUUCCUGAGACUCACAGUUUCAGAAUGGCUCCGGUUAUUGCCUUUCCUGGGUGUCCUUGCUCUGCUCGGAUAUCUUGCUAUUCGCCCACUCCUUCCCAAGAAGAAACAGCAGAAGGACAGCUUGAUUAAUCUCAAGAUCCAGAAGGAGAAUCCCAAAGUAGUAAAUGAAAUCAACAUUGAGGAUCUAUGUCACACUAAGGCAGUGUACUGCAGAUGCUGGCGCUCUAAAACAUUCCCUGUCUGUGAUGGCUCUCACAACAAACACAACGAGUCAACAGGAGAUAAUGUGGGCCCUUUAAUACUCAGGAAAAAAGAAGUCUAGCAAACUUCUAAGUAUUCUAUGACUGAUGGGAAGUCUACUUGUAUACAUAUUUGUAAGGCUUUCUGUCUUAUAUGUCACAGGGUUAAAUUUUGGAAUAUUUUAAAUUAUCUUAGAUUUAUACUUUGUGCUAGAUGUUUGGUAAUGUGUUUUAUAUAACAAAAAUGUACUAUAUCUAUGCUUUGUAAUCAUCGCAGAAUUAUUUUUCCCAGAACUACAGGAAUUGUAACAAAGAUAGAUAGAUAGAUAGAUAGAUAGAUAGAUAGAUAGAUAGAUAGAUAGAUAGAUAGAUAGAUAACCUCUAUUCUAAUUACAGAUGUAUCAACACUACAGAGUUAACAGAUUUUAAACCAGCUGUACUGCCAGAUUGCCACAAAA